AAUCAGCAUGUUGGUGGGCGUGGCAUCUUGCUGUUUUUUUAAAGCAGCCAUCCAUCUUCCUGCAGCCAUUUUUCAACGUGCGGAGAGGAGAGAAACUACUCCAAGACCACACUGCAACAUACCAGCUGCUGCUAAAAUAUUAACGCCACGAUGAAGAUGGGACCGCCGCUGCGAUACCGCUCCUUGCGUGUCUUCUUGCAUGACGACCGCCACGUCAUGGCCAAGCAUUCAGCCAUCUACCCAAGUCAGGAGGAACUGGAGAAUGUCCAAAACAUGGUGUCCCAUACAGAACGAGCCCUAAAGGCUGUGUCAGACUGGCUGGAUAAACAGGAGAAGUCAGACACUGAUGGCUCAGAAGCCGAUAAGGAAAUCACUGAACAGAAGGAACAACCCAUCCGAAGUCUUCGUGGCGUGAUGAGGGUGGGCCUGGUUGCAAAGGGCCUCCUACUGAAGGGAGAUCUAGACCUUGAACUGGUACUCUUAUGUAAGGACAAGCCAACCAUCACUUUGUUGAAGAAGGUGACCGACAACAUUGAUGCACAGCUUAAGGUCGUAACAGAAGACAAGUAUGUUGUAAGCCAGGAUGUGCAGGAGGCCACUAUCACCAUCAAGAGCACAAAGGAGCCGCCUCUCAACCUUACCAUUCACCUGACUUCCCCUUUGGUUCGCGAGGAGAUGGAGAAGGCUGCGGCUGACGAAACGCUAACAGUCAACGAUCCCCCGGAUGCUCUGGACAGGCAGAAAUGCCUAACUGCCUUGGCGUCUCUUCGCCACGCUAAGUGGUUCCAGGCCAGAGCCAAUGGACUGCGCUCCUGUGUGAUUGUCAUUCGGGUUCUAAGGGACCUGUGUGCACGUGUCCCCACAUGGACUCCUCUUUGUGGCUGGCCACUAGAGCUGAUCUGUGAGAAAGCCAUUGGCACAGGAAACCGGCCCAUGAUGGCAGGGGAAGCACUUCGCAGAGUUUUAGAAUGUCUUGCUUCAGGAAUCCUGAUGCCAGAUGGCGCUGGAAUAUGUGAUCCGUGUGAGAAGCAGUCCACAGACUCUAUUGGCCACUUGGACUACCAGCAGCGGGAAGACAUCACAUUGAGUGCACAGCAUGCCUUAAGGCUGUCAGCGUUUGGACAGCUUCACAAAUUGCUUGGAAUGGACCCGCUCCCCAGUAAGAUACCCAAGAAAUCUCCUGGACCUCAAAUUGAUUAUUCAGUGCAAAUCCCACCCAGCUCAACAUAUGCUCCAGCAAUGAAAAGGCCGAUUGAGGAAGAAGAGGGGAUUGAAGACAAGAGUCCCAAUAAGAAGAAGAAAAAACUGCAGAAAAAAUCUGCCGAAGAUAAACCUGAUCCUCCCCAGGCUAUGAAUGCUUUGAUGCGCCUUAACCAGCUAAAGCCGGGUCUACAAUACAAGCUGAUAUCGCAGACGGGCCCGGUCCAUGUUCCCGUUUUCACUAUGUCAGUAGAAGUGGAUGGCAAGACCUUCGAGGCGUCGGGCCCAUCCAAACGUACUGCCAAGCUGCAUGUAGCUGUAAAGGCCCUGGAAGACAUGGGUUUGCCCACUGGAAUGGAUGAAGAAAUCCCAGUACCUGUGGUGAAUGUCAAGCCUGUACAAAAAAACAUUGUACCUGCCCCAGCACCUACACAAACUGAUAAAACUGAUGCUGCGGAGGCCGCCAAACAGGGACCGAUUCUUACAAAACACGGCAAGAACCCGGUGAUGGAACUGAACGAGAAGCGCCGUGGCCUGAAAUAUGAACUUAUCACCGAGACCGGCGGCAGCCAUGACAAGCACUUUAUCAUGGAGGUGGAGAUAGACGGAAAGAAAUUCCAGGGGACAGGUUCUAACAAGAAGGUGGCCAAGGCUUAUGCGGCACUGGCUGCUUUAGACCGGCUCUUUCCGGAGAGUUCUUUGACUGUAGUGGCAAAAAAGAAAAAGGGAUCAUACAUGAACAACGAUGGCUUCAUGAUGGGACCGCCUGCACCCAGAGGCCGCGGUAGAGGACGAGGUCGUGGAAGAGGCAGGGGUUUCAAUAACGGAGGCGCCGUAGGAGGGGGAGGAGGCUUCGGCACGUACGGUUACGGCAACAGCUCCGGGUCUGGAUACAAUUUCUACAAGAACGGUGGUGCAAAUGGAGGAGGCGGGCUAUCAGGUGGCCCUUCAAUUGGUUCUCUGGCCAGCACAGGACUUGGAUCAAACAUGGGCCCGGGGCUUGGAUCAAAAAUGGGCCCGGGGCUUGGAUCAAACAUGGGCCCGGGGCUUGGAUCAAACAUGGGCCCGGGGCUUGGAUCAAACAUGGGCCUGGGCUUUGGAUCAAACAUGGGCCCGGGGCUUGGAUCAAACAUGGGCCCGGGGCUUGGAUCGACCAUGGGCUCAGGGCUUGGAUCGACCAUGGGCCAAGGACUUGGAUCGACCAUGGGCUCGGGCUCAGGCUCAUUUGGCUCAUACUACGAGGGUGACGGAGCCUACAAUACUACAGCUGCGCCUAAAAAUGUCAAAACCAAACUCUUCACACGCGGAGGAAAGCCACCUUUCCAGAAGCUGUCUGGCGGCAGAGGGGCUGGAGGCUACAAGGCCAACAACCCUGCGGGACGGAGCACCUAUUCCCAGUCCGGCCAGGGCUAUGGGCAAGGAAAGAAGAAUUUCAACCAGGGCACUGGGGGCGGAUACUCUUACAGCACUGCCUACCCCAGCCAGGUGACCGGUGGCAGCGGAGGAAACCAGGACUACAAUUACGAAGGUUUCAGCAACCAGUCUAAUUACAACUCGCAGGGAGGUGGCGGGGACCAGUCUGGCUUUGGCGGGGCCGACCAGUCUGGCUUUGGCGGGGCCGACCAGUCUGGCUUUGGCGGGGCCGACCACUCGGGCUAUGGCGGGGCCGACCACUCGGGCUAUGGCGGGGCCGACCACUCGGGCUAUGGCGGGGCCGACCACUCGGGCUAUGGCGGGGCCGACCACUCGGGCUAUGGCGGGACCGACCACUCUCAGUAUGGAGGCUACGACCAGGGAGAUGACGGUGGAAAUUACCAGUUUUGAUAGACUCGCUAGCAUGCUUCGUCAUCUCCAAAAUCAUCUGCAAAGAAAAUAAUUGAUGGCUCGCCUCUACUCCUCAGCCUUUCCUCCAUGUUUGCUGUUAAUAUGCAUAUUAGGUGGUGUGUUGCACAUGAACUCCAGAAGGUGUCCAGCUAAUGCCCGGCCACAUAUUUGAAGAGCUUUGCCAUUUCUUUUUUAGUUACAUAGUUGUCUUGUUCUGUAUUUAUAAAAUCACCGAGUAGGAAAACUGAUGCUAUGGGUCUUGUGUAACACGGACAUUUUUUUAACAAAUUGCAAAGCGACUACAACAAAUUUUAUCUCCUAGGCUUUCAGUUUUAGACGUUAUUUUCCUUGAUUAGAUGAUUACUUUUAGUAAUGACAGACUACUGGAAAUGCACCUGUUUAUUCCAUAUUAGUGCUCCAAGUAGCUUUUGAUUUUGUGGGUGAUAUUUUUUUUUUCUUUCCUUCUGUGUAUGUAACAAAUGUGUUUGUAUUUAAACAAGUUAUUUUGAA